GGGCCGUACAGCCCACUGCAGCCGCGGUAGGCUACUUCCGUUCCGCAGAGGGCGACAGGCACCAGCCAGCCUAGACUGUGGCGGAGGUCCAGACACAAUAGACUGGGUCCCGGCUCUUCUCCAAUCCAAACCGGUAUGUCGGAUGAGGAUUCUCGUGCCAGCACCAGCUCUUCUUCAUCACCGCCUUCUUCCAGCCAAACCAGACAGAGGGACACGUUUUGCAAAAAGAAACGGGAGAGCAAAGCCAGUAUGAGCAAGACCUCCAAACUGCUUUCCACCAGCGCCAAAAGGAUUCAGAAAGAGCUGGCUGAUAUUACACUGGACCCUCCGCCGAACUGCAGUGCUGGCCCCAAAGGAGACAACAUCUAUGAGUGGAGGUCGACCAUCCUGGGACCGCCGGGCUCCGUGUACGAGGGAGGGGUCUUCUUCCUGGACAUCGCCUUCACACCUGACUACCCUUUCAAACCCCCCAAGGUAACUUUCCGUACGAGGAUAUAUCACUGCAACAUCAACAGUCAGGGGGUGAUCUGUCUGGACAUCCUGAAGGACAACUGGAGCCCCGCCCUCACCAUCUCCAAGGUGCUGCUGUCCAUCUGCUCCCUGCUCACAGACUGUAACCCAGCCGACCCCCUGGUGGGAAGCAUCGCCACCCAGUACACGACUAACAGAGUGGAGCAUGACCGAACAGCCAAACAGUGGACGAAGAGAUACGCCACAUAAACCCACAGAAGACGACGAAGGGUGAAGAAGAAGGGGGGGGGGGGGAGAAGGAGGAGGGGUGGGGGGCUGCGGGUUGUUGUGU